AAACAAACAAACAAACCGCCAGGCAGAGCAGACGAGAGAGAGAGAGAGAGAGAGAGAGAUGAAGCGGCGAGCGGGCGGUGGAAGUUCCCCGCGUCGGCGCUUCCGCUCCGCUCUGCCCGCUCCUCUCGCUGCUCCUUCCCCCGGCACCGCCCCUUCCGCUGUGCUGCCGCCGCUGCUGCUGCUGCUGCUGCUGCUGCGGCUGAGGCGCUCGGCGGGCAUUUCCUCCAUCCUGGCAUUUCGGAGCCUCCAUCCUGGUUUCUCAAGUGCCCGGACCCAAAACAGGAAAUUUGAUUAUGACCACAGUUGAAGAAGAAUCUGACACAGUGACAGUAGAAACCGUGAAUUCUGUAACUCUGACACAAGACACCCAAGGCAACCUUAUUCUUCACUGCCCCCAGGAUGGUAUAGAACACCUGUUAUUUCACUAGGCAGACGAAAUAGACUCCGAAGGCAGCAUCGGACCUCCCCAUAAAAGGCUUUGCUUAUCGUCAGAAGAUGACCAGAGCGUUGACGGCAGCACUCCAUGCAUCUCUGUCGUUGCAGUUCCACAACAACUCAAGGGGGAAAACAUAUCAACGCACUUUCCUUCUCCUCUUUUCUCCACAACAUCCCUGUGAGUUUCAGAAAGUGAUCCGAGCUUUGAGGUGACCAUGACUGCUACUACAGAAGUAGCUGACCAUGAAGUUAACGAAGGAACGGUGACUCAGAUUCAGAUCCUUCAGAAUGAGCAACUGGAUGAAAUCUCUUCUCUAGCCAAUGAAGAAGUGUCUGCAGUCAGCCAGGCCUGGUUUACAACCAAAGAAGACAAGGAUUGUUUAACAAACAAAGGUCAUAAGUGGAAACAGGGCAUGUGGUCGAAGGAAGAAAUUCAGAUUUUGAUGAGUAACAUCGAGCGUUAUUUGAAGGCCCGUGGAAUCAAAGAUGCCACCGAAAUCAUUUUUGAGAUGUCAAAAGAUGAAAGGAAAGAUUUCUACAGGACCAUUGCGUGGGGUUUGAACCGGCCUCUCUUUGCUGUUUAUAGACGAGUCCUUCGCAUGUACGAUGACCGAAACCACGUUGGCAAGUAUACUCCCGAAGAGAUCGAAAAGCUGAAAGAUUUAAGAAUCAAGCACGGGAAUGACUGGGCGACGAUAGGAGCCGCUCUCGGGCGGAGCGCUUCAUCCGUGAAAGACCGGUGCAGGCUGAUGAAGGACACUUGCAACACAGGGAAAUGGACCGAGAAAGAAGAGAAGAGACUAGCAGAAGUGGUCCACGAAUUAACCAGCACCGAGCCUGGAGACACUGUCACGCAGGGAGUCUCUUGGGCCGCGGUGGCAGAGCGGGUGGGCACCCGGUCGGAGAAGCAGUGCCGCUCCAAAUGGCUGAACUACCUCAACUGGAAGCAGAGUGGAGGCACGGAGUGGACCAAGGAAGACGAAAUCAACCUCAUUCUUAGAAUAGCAGAGCUAGACGUCUCUGAUGAAAAUGACAUCAAUUGGGAUUUGCUGGCGGAAGGCUGGAGCAGCGUGCGCUCACCCCAGUGGCUUCGUAGCAAAUGGUGGACCGUCAAGAGGCAGAUUGCAAACCACAAAGAGGUUUCAUUUCCCGUGCUUAUAAAAGGUCUGAAGCAACUGCACGAAAGCCAGAAAAACGCUCCGGCACACCAACUUCCAGAGGCCACAUCUUUGCCUGGGCUGCCAAAUUCUCAUUCUGGUUCUGGGGUUCAGCACGUCCAGAUCCGAGUGGCCCGUUUAGAAGAAAGCUCAGUCUGCUCUCCUGCUUCCGUGGCAUCCUUACAGAUCCCACUCCAGAUCACCCACGUCUCUUCUGCCGAUUCCCCUGCUGCUUCCGUUGAUUCUGAAACUAUUACAUUAAAUAGUGGAACUUUGCAGACUUUUGAGAUUCUGCCAUCUUUUCAUCUACAACCAACUGGAACUCCAGGCACCUACUUACUCCAGACCAGCUCAUCCCAGGGCCUGCCUUUGACCCUAACCACCAGCCCCACUGUGACCCUGACGGCUGCUGCAGCCCCAGCCUCACCAGACCAGAUCAUAGUCCAUGCCUGGUCGCCCGAGCACCUGCUGAACACAACAGAGAACGUCACCGUGCAGUGUCACACGCCAAGUGUCGUCAUCCGCACCGUGGCAGCCGAAGACAUUUCUCCACCCAUCAGCCAGGCAGAACUAAGCGUCCAUUCGAGCAUGCAGCCUGUCGAUUUGGCGGGCACGCCAACCUCCCUGAAAACGGACUCUUUUCCAGCUGACCUCCACCCCACCAAACUUUCAGGGGAGGAGCCCUCUGCUUUCAGCGCAGUCAACUCCUCCAAAUUUGGCAGCCGAAACAGCCCGGAGCUCAUGGGAAGAGCAGGAGUCGACGUUCUGAAUUCGGAUCUCAAGCCGGAAGAAAGUCGUCCGUCAGAUUUAGCCACCACGUACGUUUCCGAGGAUCUGGGUUCUCCCACAGCCGAAGAACGAGGGGAACAGUCCGCCAUGGAUGGAGCUGUUCUCAUUGUGCCUUCUCCCCAAAGUUUUAUCCAGACAUCCGAUGAUAUAGACGGCGAAUCAGUGCUGCCUCUGACAACCUUAACAGAUCCUAUCUUACAACACCACGGAGAGAAUUCUCACAUUAUCGGCUCUUCUUUGGAUAGCCCUAGUUCUGAAGACUCCAAGGGCAUGGAGAACUUAGUAAGCUGUCACUGAGGAUGUUCCCAGUCUGUAACUCCUCCGUUGGUCAAAGGAGCAUCAGCCUGGCAGGACUCAACCAAAGGAACCUUUUGCUCUCUUCUGAUCUCACACGGUGACAGUCACAGCUGCCCCUCCCCCAGUUUCUACAUUCAAGAAGUCUUGUGUUAGACAGUGAGGAAAUUCAAUGCUUUAGGCUACUGACAGUGGUAAAUGAGCGUGUGGACAGAGGUAAAACCAUUUAGAAUUUGCACCGAUCCUCCUGUUUCAGGAUAGAAUAUAGUUACAGUGUCGUAACUACCAAGAGAGAGAGAGCAAGAAGGUACAUUAGAAAAGCUUUAUUUUUUUCUAAUGGUUCCAGUCUAAGCAGCAGAAAAGCACUGCUGGGUCAAGGUCUUCCUUGAAACUAAAGAAGCUGUUGCUGGCAAGGGAUAUUGCGCCCGAACGAUCAGACGCAAUUCUUAAAUACUACAAUUAGAACCCCGAAGUGUAGCAUGAAGACUUUCAAGCUGCAGUAAAUUUAGGAGUCGGUUUAAACCCCGAGAAGACCUUCUCGUGUUCAUUCAAAAAUCAAUUACAGAAGCUAAAUGCCACCUUGGCCAAAGAACCCAGCUCGGAGGAGACUUUUCAGAAAUGUUCAUCUGAAUGAGCUGAGCAAUGGAUGACUUUGAGUCCUCCAUCUACGGGCAAGGCGCUGCACACCGAAACACGAAGCUGAAAUUCGGUGUAACCUGGGCAGGCAACCUGGCUCUCUAUUACGAAGGCGGUGUAAAAACAAAAACAAUUCAAAAUCAGUAUUGACUUCUGUAAUUAUCAGCUUCCUGCCGAAGUGAAGUGGCUUUGUUCGUGUACAAUGAAUUUGUAGUUGACGCGACGGCCGGUGGCUUUGGGAAGAAACGGAAAUGAAGCAGUGCCCAGUUUAAUACAAGUGAGAAACUGUUUCUCUUCUGUAAUAGUAGAUGCCUUUUUAUUUAUAAUGUAGUAUAGACAUUUGCAGUGCUGCAGUUUUUUUGUACAGUGUAAUAAAAAAAAGGCCGUGUUUUUUUUUUCACAAUGGGAAAAAAAGGUGCGCCACUCUGAAAAACACAAGCGUACAGCUGGAAUGUUCUUUAAGUGCACUAAUAGCGAUUCUGUGGCUCACCCCCACCCGCCCCUAAAGCAGAUGCUCUAUCAUAUUGCACUACUUCACCGCACCAGAAAGAAGAACCAUUAAAAUACACCUCUGUGGACCUUGAAGGCCUUCCUUCCAACAUCUGUUCUGGUGACGUUUUGGAAGCAGUCCUCUUCAGAAAGCACAUCUGGAAACGCUGCCUCAGACCAUCUGGAUGCGUUGCAACCUUUGUCCUAGGAGAGUUUAUUUCCCCACUUCAUGGAAGUAGAGGUUGGCACAUAUACAAAGCAUAAUGAUUGAGAACAAAAUGUAGUAGAUCAGGUUCCUAAAUUUAGGCUCAAGGUCUCCUUGUCGAUACCAAUAGAUCUGGAGGCAGAAGAGAAGGGGGAACAAAACGUAAGAGGAGACGGACGCCAUCGUCGCAUUAGAAGAACCCUUAAUCAUCUCUCGAGAUAUUUCUAGGGUUGAUGUUCUCCUCCAAGAAGAUUGACCAAGACUAUGGGUCACCUGAGCUAGUUGGUGAUGGGAACUGAACUCAGUGGACUUGCUUCUAAUGGGAGGUGUAGGAGUGUGCUAUCAAAGACCCCAAAAGAGUAGGCCGUAUUUUUUUCAUAAUCACAAUCCUUGUAGGCAUCUGCUUUGACAUGUGUCAUUUCCUUGGGUGAUGAUGUUGAUCAGAGGUACACGCUAUGGGAUAAUGGCCACACUCCUCAAAGUGAGCCUGGCCAAGACAAAAUCAAAAUCUCAUUAAAAGUUCAGUUGAAAAUA